GAUCUGAAUAUGAAGUUGAUGAGUAUAGGGUUACCAGAUUAAUCAUUGAAGACACCGGGACAUUUAUUAUGCUGAGCAGACUAAAGCUAAAUUCGGCACCAAAAUGAGCGCCCGCCGGGCGCGAUACAUUGAGAGCCGGAGGCGCGAACUUACUAGGGGGGUUUGGGGGCAUGCCCCCCCGAAAUUUUUUCAUUUCUAGAAGCAGGGAGAUGCGUUUUCAGCAGUUUUGUGACGGUGGUUACACUAAAAAUAUAUGUUGUUGAAUGGGUUAUUUCGAUUGUCACAUAUGUUAGUAAUAUUUGUAGGAGCCCGUCCGUAAUUUUGCCAUGACAUCCAUACCUGUUUUUGUAUGAUUUUUGUUGUUUUCUUGGAAUGUACAUUUUUUGAAGAUCUCAUUAAAAACUACACAUACAAGUUGUACAAGUUGUAUGUACAACGUUUAUAUUUCACAAGCAAUGUGUUCUUGAAUUUGUGACCAGUAUUCAAAUUAACACUGAUUGGCAGGUGGACAGUGCUCCUAUGUGACUGCUGAAAAUGGACAAUAAAGAAAUAAAAGCGGCAUUGAAGAAUGCACGCGAGGCCAUUUCUAAUAAAGAGUAUGACGCAGCUUUGCAGCAUUGUCAAAAUGUACUUGAUGCUGAUAAUAAGAAUUAUAAUGCCCUGGUGUUUACCGGACUAGCUGCUGAUAAAUUAGAUAAAACAGACCAAGCAUUGAAAGCUUAUAUAAAGGCUACAGAGCUAAAUCCUGAUCAAAUACUUGGUUGGCAGGGUUUGUGUGGAUUUUAUGAAAAGAAUCAAGCCUAUGUAUCAGUGUACAAAAAGAAUCUUGUUCCAGUUUAUGAAAAAAUGAUAGUUCUAUACAAAUGUGAUGCCACUAAAAGGAUAGAAACCAUGAAGAGAUUAGCAGGUAUUCUUAACGAACUUGGAUCAACAGAUAAGUGUAUCAAAGUAUAUCAGGAUCUAUUAGAUGAAACAGAAGAUGAUAAAAAUAAGCUAGAGAUAAAACAGACUAUGAUCAAACUUUUAGAAAGUCAAGAUGUUGUUCAAACAAAAUUAUUGUUUGAUUGUUAUGAUAGUUGUUUAGAAGGUGGACAGCUUACACCUGAUGAGAAAGAAGCCAUGUUAACUGGUUAUGUAUCUAUUAUUGUAGAUAAAAUGCCAAAAGAUGUGAUUGAAGUUGAAAUAAACAAGUUAUCUCAGUUGAAUCCAAGCUCUGCUGUUUUACUAGAAUAUCAGAUACUCAUGAUGUUAGAAAAAAACAUUGAAUAUCAAGGUAUUGUCGAUAAUAGUUUAUUAAGAGAUAAGAUGAACUCCUUAGAAGCUGUUGUAAAUGAAAACAAUGCAAUGUUGAAGAUGGUUCAGGCAUAUUUUUUGCUGGUGGAGAAAAAAUAUGACCUUGCAAAAGCUAACUUACUGCAAGCCAGAGAGUUUUAUCCCUAUUAUGCUGUUGUUUACUGUUUAAUAGCUGUUGUUUAUUUACAUCUGGGUAACAACCAGUCUUGUAUCAAGUAUGUGGUUGACUGUCAACAAGUUUUAAAAUCAGUAAAGAAGAAGUCCCUUUGUAUCGCCGAUAAAACAUUGAUAGAGAAAUAUUUAAAUCUGCUACAAAGUAGAGCUUUAUGUAAUAUUGGUACUACUACAUCACUUCAACAAGCUAGUCAUAUACUUCUACAGGGUGAGGUAAAAGGAGAAAGGGAAGUUUUAUUGUGUAAAAUCUACAUGAAACAAGGACAGACUGAAAAGGCUAUGGAAUUGAUUAAACAGCUAGAAUGUGAAGAACAUGUUAAAGAGUAUUACCUGGCGUGGUAUGAUUUUAGUAAGAAGAAAUAUGACUUAGCUUUGUCAAGAUUAGAAAAAUUAUGUUGUUCAGCUGACAAUGGUGGAAGUGAUGCUUGGUGUUUAAUGGGUAAAGCUUUGUGGCAGAUGUUGCAAACGGAUCCAGAUAAUAAAGAAAGGGAGCAGAAAUGUUACACAACUUUACUUAAGGCUGCCCAGAAAGAUCCAAAUAAUGGUGAACCAUUUUUAUACUUGGGACUUUUCUAUCUUAAUAUACGUAAGGAUAAUAGGAUGGCUAAGAAAUGUUAUGAGAAAGCGUACCACCUAGAUUGUACAUUAGAAGAAGCUGGUGCUGCUGUAUGUGAUAUUAUGACUUCUAUUGGUGAACAGGAUGCUGCAUAUGAUCUGUUGUUGAAAGUUACAAAUGAAGCCAGUGCUGGGAGCGCUAAAUGGGCAUGGUUGCGACUUGGAUUAUGUCAGAUUAAAUUAGAUAAUGCUGUAGCAGCUAUAUCUUCAUUUCAGUCAGCUUUACGAGCAGAUACAACUGACAACCAUGUUUGGGAAUGUUUGGCAGAAGCAUAUUUUCACAGGGGAAGUUUUACAGCUGCUUUAAAGGCAUUUACUAAAGCCUCUGAGUUAUGUCCCGAAUCACUGUACUGUAAAUAUCAAAUAGCAACCAUUACUCAAACAUUAGGGAUUUAUGAUGAAGCUGUCACAACUUAUAAAGACAUCUUAGAUAUAUCACCUAACUAUGUUCCAGCAUUAAAAGGAUUGGGUGAGACUAAUUUAUUAAUGGCUAGAAGUCAUUUGAAUCAGAAUCUAGAUGGCAGGGUUAAAGAUAAUUGUGAAGAAGCCCUGGUAUUUCUUACAAAGGCAGCCAGUGAACGAUCUGAUAUGUCAUGUUUGUGGAAAUUACUUGGUGAUGCUUGUAUCUUGGUGCUACCAUUAGCAUCAGACAACUUUAUCUUGUCUGUACCAAAGAAACUAUUAGAAAAAUGUGAUAAAAAUUCUGAUGAAUUGGUAGCAAUAAAGAAACGUGAAGUUAUUCAACUUAGCACAAGGUGUUAUGGAAGAGCAUUAAAAAUUUUGCCAGAAAAUUCAAUGUUGUGGCAUGACUUGGGUAUUGCAUAUUUCCACCUGUCAGAAUUAGUUCAAGAAAGUGAGAGGAAAUCUGUUAUUGAAAAGUCAGUUCAGUUUAUGAAAAAGGCCAUAUCUCUUGAUUCCACUAAUCAUCUUCAUUGGAAUGCACUGGGUGUGAUUUCAGCUUCAAAAGAAGUGAAUAAUCCUGAACUAGCUCAACAUUGUUUUAUUAAAUCAGUUAACACAGAGACAAAUAAUGUUGUAGCGUGGACAAAUCUUGGAACUCUUUAUCUUAUUCAUGACAAUGUAAAUCUAGCUCAUGAAGCUUUUAAGGUCGCCCAGAGUUUGGAUCCUAAUUAUGUAGCAUGUUGGAUUGGUCAGGCUAUAAUAGCAGAAACUGUUGGACAUGAAGAUACAAUGGACUUGUACAGACAUACCACAGAACUGUCUUAUCAUUCAGAAGGCUCAGUUGGUUAUGCUCACUGGGUGUGUAGUAUGUUACAGGACCACAGCAAACAUCAUACAGACAUGUUUCAGUAUAGCAUUAAACAAAUGGCUGCUAUUCCAUCUGCCGCAGACACACUGACAAGAUAUUUAGCAAGAUGUAAUGAUGAUACAACAGCAUUGAAUAUGUAUGGUCUUCUACUUGAACAACAAACUUUUUAUAGUUCAGCUUCCACAGCUUUAGAAAGAUGUGUAAGUCUUUUGGAAGCACAAACAGUUCCAGAUAUAACCAAACUGAACAAAGCAAGAUUGAAUUUGGCAAGAGUUUUAUGUAAACAGAACUUAUAUGAAAAGUCAAUAGAGAUUUACAAACAGACAACAUCUAUAGAACAAGCAGAAGAUAUUUGUUACUAUGGCUACACUUUAUAUAAGGCAGGUGAUCUAGCAGAAAGUUUUAAAGCAUAUGAAAAAGCUGCUGAAAUAGUUGAGAAAGAUGAUGACAGAUCACAUGUUUAUGCUGCUCUAGGAAUGGUGUCCUAUAAAUUUGGUGAUUUAGAUGGUGCCAAAACAGCACUGUUCACAGGAUCACAGACCAGUCCACCCUCGAUUAUAGGUCUCAAAGCUCUGUGUGGUUUGGGUCUGUUACAAUCUGAUGUUACCUUGGUGACAGCUGUUUUACAAGAACUGGUUAAACAGGAAGACAAUCAACACAGUGAUACAAUGUGGUUUACUGUGGUUCUAGAUCUUGUUCAGGGUAACUUUAUUCAGCCAAUGAGAUAUCUACAGAGAACUAUUCAUACCAAUCCUAGAUUAUAUGAAACAUGGUUGGUGUUAGCUGAACUAUUGGUUAAAUAUUUUCCUGAACGUGGAACAGCAUCAGCUAAUUGUAUCAGAGUAGGAAAAUAUAUUAGUCAAGUUAAUCAAGAGAAUGCAUUAACAAAGAAUUCAGAUCUGCUUACAUUGGCACAACUUCAAUCAGGACAGCACAGCCGUAAACUUACAGAUAGAAAUACUGUAAAAACAGCACAACAAGUAUUACAUAAUAACCCAGGAAAUGUAAGAAAUUGGAUAAGUUUUAUAAGUUGUUUACAUGCUGAAGGUUUGGUGAGGAGAUGUUUAAAAUCAGAUGGUGAUCUUCAUCAGGUUGAAUUGACGUAUUUGGACCACAUUCUUCAAAAUAAUGAAGAAGUUAGUAAUAAUAUCAAGUUAAAACUAUGGUGUUAUAAACAGAAAGUUAUAUGUUUAAUGGAAACAGGUCAGAUGGAACAAGCGCAACUAUUUCUAAAACAGGUUAGCAAUGAAUUUGGUGAUCCUGCUUUUUCUACAACAAUAUUAAGUAUGUUAAAUGGUAGUCGACAAGACAAACCAGAAGUUGGUAUUAAUCAACAAGAGGGUUUAUAUUUAUGUCAGAUAUUGGUAGAGAGCUAUAUACAAAAUGGUUUAUUUAUUGAAUCUGUUAAUUUAUUAAAACAAUAUUCUUCACAUUUAUCUGAUGAUGAAAAGAAGAAACGUCUGAUGAUAGCCAUACAGAUAUCACAUAUUACCUAUAAAUUAUUACUGACAAAAUCUGAAGAAGAUAUUACAAUAAGACAGUUAUUUGAUGAUAGUAUAACAGAGCUAUUAGAACUUGAUCCUAAUAAUGCUAUAGCUCUAUUGAUGAAAGGUGCUGUUCUACUUGGCACCAAUUAUAAAGACCCGAAAAGAGCUCAAAUGCUUGCUAAGAAACCAUUACUACAGAGUUACAACCUAAGUCAGUUUGAUACCUGUUUCAAUAUAGGAUCAGAUAUAGCAAGAAAACAACUUAUACAAAUUCUACAAUCAUCAAAAAAAGAUGACCCGUUACUUGAGAAAUUGUUAAUGAAAUCUGAAGAAAAUCAGGAUGUGUCAGCAGAUGAAGAAAAAUAAUAAAAAAAAUAAUUUGUUAUUUGUGAAAUUUGUUAUCUGACUUUCUGUAUUCAUUGGUUUCUUAUGAUCAAAUCGGAAUUUUUUUUAUUUAGUCUACCAAACUAUAUUGGCCCAAGCAUUAAAGAGCUACUCAAACUGGAUUGUUAGGAAAGCCCUGAAUUCAGUCCUGUCUCUGUUCUGCCACUUUUCUCCCAGUCCCGAUAACUGAUGUGAAGUCGAAUUGUGACCUGAUCAAAUACAUGGACCAAGUUUCAUCAUUUUAUCAAUUAUUCUAUAUUUACUUGAUUGUUACUGUUUGUAAGAUUGAGAUAAUUCUCCGUAUAGUAUACAUUUUUGCCGUAGCAGAGAUGCAACAAGAAGGAACAGAGAGAACUGAAAUAAUAUGCACGUAAUGUCCAUCUUCAGUUUAAGGAUGUUUAUACGCCCACAGUACCACACGUAGUUUGGUCGUAUAUAGUUGUCGCCCCUCGUUAAUUUGACGCAAUCUUUUCAAAUUUGGUGUGAUGAUUUCAAACCUAGAGAGGAUGAUCCUGUUCGAAUUUCAUCAUUUGUUCCAGAAUCAUUCCUCUGUAUUUAUCCGUCCAUUUCCGAAAAUCUUGUUAACGCGAUAGAAAUUACAGUUUUUAACACAAAUGUUUUCAAAUUUGUUGCGAGGCAUUAAUUACGACUGUGAAAGGAUUAACCCUAUUCCCCAGCCUUUCCGACAUGUGUUAUCCGCCCUUUUCCAAACACCUUGCUCACGCGACCCUAUUGCUUUUCAAAUUUGGUGUGAAGCAUUGGACAGAGAGAGAAAUGGGGUUUAAUUUCCAUUUGACACAAACUAGAUCAUUUCGGGACUAACAUAUGGUUCAAUUUUAUUUCAAUAAUUUACUUGCACGUAGGGGUCUUUAGAAGUGGGAGUAAACCGGAGGACCCGGAAAAAACCUAUGGCGACCCUAUUCCUUGUCACGUACAACCGGGUAAUCGAAACCACGCCAGUUGACUCUAUGACAGACCCUAUGAUACAGCGCGCAUGUGCUAACACCCCCCCCCCCCCUGAAGCAUUGGAAUCGGACCGGAUUGACCCUGAUAAUUUUCCAAUCUAGCACUUUCUGUUCCAGAGAUAUGUGUUGGGAGAAAAGCUUGUAAACACGAUAGAGAUUAUCCUUGAAGAUUAGCUGCAGUUGACACAUCGCUGCUGUAUGCAGUAUGGGCGUAUUUCCAUGGCUUGCGCAUGUUCCCGAAGCAACGACCACGAGUUGUACAACAUCUAGCUGUUACUUCAAUACUCAGCAGUUCCCCAUGUUCCUGAAGCAACGGCCGCGAGUUUUACAACAUCUAGCUUGAUAAGAUGUACGUAGUUAAGGCGAGAUCAAGCCUUCUAUUCAAGAUGCGGCUUGCGUAGCUAUCUUAUGUAAUUGCAUGUUAAGUUAUAAAGAGAAUUUUGCCAUGGCAGAAGCGCGUUGUCUGCAUCUAAAAUAGCAUUAUUCCAGAAGUUGUUGAGACUGCAAGAACCGAUACUUCAUAUUUGUUCUUUGGGGCUUACACCGAGGGUGAUAUCACAUACAUGACUGAAAUAGUGAAUAUGUAUAUUACCUUACUCCCAAAACCAAAGGUUGGUGUGGUGACUAUAUAAAAGAUUUAAUGCCCUUGUCAUCAAAAAACCUUGCAAUUGCUUUCGGUGUCAGGGCUUAUGAGAUUUUCAAUGUCACCUUCUAUGGAUGAACCCUAUCAGUCAGAGUGGCACAUCAUUUAUUUUUGGAGUCAUUGUUCUUUCAACAACUUUUUAGUUUUUGAUGCCAAGCAACCCAUCCUCCAGGCUUCAUUUAUUAUUUGGAUACAUAUAUUUAUGAAUUCAAUUUUCCAAUCUCACCCUACACUUCAUACUAAAAUUUUACUUUUGAAAUUUUAAUAAAGCCCACUUUUAAAGACCAAGUUAGGUUUUGUGUAUGUUUAUUUAUUUACACACAAAGCAUUAUCUUAGUGACUGGAAUUUUUAUAGUAACGGUAUAGGUCAUAGAAUUGAAUAUUUCGAAGUGUAUAGACCUAUAGGUUCAUUGUACGUAAUGGCAUACUAAAUAUGCCUUUUGUGAGAUCAACAAUAAUGCUAAACGCUCCGAAGUCCCAUACUGAAUCGCUUCACGGGUACUGUUAUUGACACAACAUAGAAUAUCACAACAAAAGCAAUUGACAACACGUUCAAUCAGCGCUAUAUUGUCAUUCUAUAGAUCAAGAAGUUAAUGGCAUAUCAACCAAUAUUGCACACUCAUCGAUCUAUAAAAAUCGAUCAUUGGUAUAUAAUCAAAUUAUGGAGGUAGGGGUAAUUACCUCGUCUCGGUUCACAAUCAAGUUUCCACCAUUAAGCGUGAUAUUGGUGAAUGAAUUUUAUUAAGAUUUGUUGACAAGAUACUGAUAUUUCUGAACUGGAAAUAACCAGACAAGUGUGUUUUGUAAAUGAACUAAACACCCGUGAUGUGUAAAAAUGGGAUCAAGUUCCUUUAAUAAACAUGGCUUAGAUAUUUGAUCUUACAAAUAAAAGACUCGAACUUUGUGACAGUAUAAGGAAUAAUUAAAGUCGACUUAAGAGGUUGUGAACAAUCGUUGUAAACCAUCGAUAAAGGCAUUUCGUGAUCUGAAUGUAUACUUGCUAAUAACAUGUACAAUAUGGUAUUUGAGACAGUGUAGUGAACAUGUACUGUAUUGUGUUCCAUUGUUAAUAAACAAGAAGUAACAUAUAUGGCCACCCUUGUUUAAACCAUUGUUAACCCGGGUUAUUAAAUUUCAAGUUUGUAGUUUCACAAAUGUGUAAUUGUAUCAGAGUUGAUUGAAGUAUUUUUAAAGUAUAUAUUGGAUUAUAUGAUGUAUCCUGGCAAUAUGAGGAGAAUAUCUGGUAGCACUACACCAUUCACUAUUUCUGGUGAGGCGUAUAAUUACGAGUCGUCGUCUUACAGUGACAGUGGUGAUUCUGUUCAAAUUAUGAAUCUGGACACCAUCUUUGAUAGUGUCGAUACACCAGGAUUAAACAUAUGGCGAGUACAUAGCAAUGACUUGGAACCAGUUAAAGAGAAUGAUCACGGUUUCUUUCAUGAAGAAGCGGUGUAUGUUUUAUUGAAGAUUGAUGAUGAUGGUUCGGCAUAUUUACAUCACUGGCGAGGGAGAUUAUCUACUAAGGUUGAUAAAGACAGAGGUCAUGAUAGAUGUAAUCAAAUAGAUGAACAUUUUGGUGGAGCGCAUGUUUUCUCAUUUGAGUUUCAAGGCCACGAGUCUUCAUGUUUCAUGAAAUUGUUUCCCGAAGGAUUAGUAUACGUUGAAGGGAAUCCAAUAACUAUUCCCCGUCGAGCCGCCAAGUACCAUAAAAGAUUGUAUACCAUAGAUGGAAGAGAUUACAUUAGAGCCCAAUGUGUCGAACCGUAUGUUGAAGAACUUUCUUCCUUGGGAGCGGCUAUAUUGGAUGGUUUCCCGCGUUUUUAUGUUUGGAUUGGAGAUCAGUGUCCUUACCCUACAAGAGUAAAGGCGAUUGACCUAGCAAGAAAAAUGAGGAAUACACAAAGAAAGGGGCAAGUGCAUAUUGUAGUCAUUGAUUCUACAGAUUUAGCAGCACAAAAAUCAUUUCUGAAAAAGCUAGGAUUGAGGGGUGAUAUAGCUGUUAAAGCGAUCGACUGUUCUAAUUACCACGAUAGUCAAACUAAAGUUGUUCUUCACAGAUUAAGCGGGAGAAAAGUUUUGUAUGACAUGCCAGUAGUUUCCAAAAAGCCUUUAGAUCAAAAAUACUUGGUCAGGACAGAUGCUUACCUGUUAGAUCGUGGUCCGGAGAAACCUGUAUACGUCUGGGUGGGUCAUUUGGCAGCAUCACGCGAUUUAGCUGAAGCAGUUACUAGAGGAAUGAUAUUCAGUAAUUACCACAGCUAUCCCAGUCAUAAGUCGAUGUGUAGAGUUAAAGGGGGAUGGGAAACGGACGAAUUUAAGCAGAGUUUUAUUAACUGGCAUAAUUAUUAUAUCAAAUCAGCAAACACACCCAGAUGUUCUACUAGUAUCAGUAAAAAAAGUCGCACCAUACCGUCUAGAUCAGAAUAUAGAUCAUAUUAUGAUGUAAGAAGUGAUGGUAUAAUAAAUGAUGAUAAACAUAUUGUAGAAGAAACAGAAGAAUCAACAGAGAUAUGGAAAAUAAUGGAUGAUAAUUUAGAAUCGGUACCUUGGGAUAGACAGGGUAUAUUUACAAAUGGAUCAUGUUAUUUAGUUUUACACCAUAGACUUACAGCAGGAAUAUUAAGACAUACAUUAUAUUACUGGUUGGGUAAAAAUUCUAGUUUAAAAGAACAACAAUCAGCAGUUAAAUUGAGUCAAUCCAUGAAUUAUUCUCUACAAAAUACAGCAACAGUGAUUAGAAUUCUUGACGGCAAAGAAUCACCCCAUUUUCUAGCAGCAUUACAACAUAGUAUGAUAGUGUAUGAUAGUACAGUUAAAAUAACUUGA